ACUUCGGGGAUUCUCGUCGCGGCAGCGCUGCUGCUUCCAUAGACCCCUCAGCCUACGACCAGCGCUCUCUGUCCAGCCCCGGCCAGCACUUCGCCGCUCCCCUCCCAGAGGUCAGGGUUCAGUCAGUGGGUGGGGCAAGCAGGAGGUCAAGUUGGAAACAGCCUCAGCCCCGCGCCCCCAGCCUCAAACGCAGCAAAACCAGCUGGAAGAGAGGGAGAAGUCCUCUGCUCUCGAGGGAGGGAGGAGGAGAGGAGGAAAGAGGAGGCCUUAGAGCUGCUACAGUGUCCUCUCUGGGCCCUUCUUCCAACUCUCCCCUCGACCGCCACCAGUCCAACUCUCUCCUCGACCGCCACCAGUCCAACUCUCUCCUCGACCCCCACCAAACCUGUGGUUCCGGGUCAGGAGAACGCUGCAGAGCUACAAGCCACGCUGGUGUAGAGAACAUGAAGACUGGAACCUCUACCUGUUCUCCCCCUCAGAACUCGUUCCGUGUGUGGGCUAAGGGGAUGAUUUCUCAUAAGAUGUUUGAUCACGUGGUCCUCCUCUUCAUCUUCCUCAACUGCAUCACCAUCGCUCUGGAGAGACCCGGCAUUCUGCCUCACAGCACCGAGAGAGUGUUUCUGAGUGUCUCUAACUACGUGUUCACUGUCAUCUUCCUGGCUGAGAUGACUGUCAAGAUUGUAGCGUUGGGGUUCUGCUGGGGUAAACAGAGCUACCUGAAGAGCAGCUGGAAUGUUCUGGAUGGGAUCCUGGUGUUUGUCUCUCUGGUGGACAUCCUGGUUUCUCUGGCCUUGACCGGAGGGAACCGCAUCCUGGGAAUCCUCAGAGUACUACGACUGCUACGCACACUACGACCUCUCAGGGUGAUCAGUCGAGCCCCAGGGCUGAAGCUGGUAGUGGAGACUCUGAUCACGUCUCUGAGACCCAUCGGGAACAUCGUCCUCAUCUGCUGCGCUUUCUUCACUGUGUUUGGAAUACUGGGAGUACAGCUGUUCAAGGGUAAAUUCUACCUCUGUGAAGGCCUGGACACCAGAAACAUCACCACCAAGUCAGACUGUCUGCUGGCCAACUACCGCUGGACACGCAGGAAAUACAACUUCGACAACCUGGGACAGGCGCUGAUGUCUCUGUUCGUGCUGUCCUGUAAGGAUGGAUGGGUCAACAUCAUGUAUGAUGGUCUGGAUGCAGUGGGAGUAGACCAGCAGCCGGUGAGGAACCACAACCCGUGGAUGCUCCUCUACUUCAUCUCCUUCCUCCUCAUCGUCAGUUUCUUCGUCCUCAACAUGUUCGUGGGUGUGGUGGUGGAGAACUUCCACAAGUGUCGUCAGGACCAGGAAGAGGAAGAGCAGCGGCUACGGGAAGAGAAGAGGCUCAAAAUCCUGGAGAAAAAGCGCAGGAGUAAGGAGAAGGAUGAUACCGAGGCCCAACAGAGACCCUACUAUGCAGACUACUCCCCUGUGCGUCUCACCAUCCACACGUUGUGCACCAGCCACUACCUGGACCUCUUCAUCACCAUCAUCAUCGGCAUCAACGUCGUCACCAUGAGCAUGGAGCAUUACAACCAGCCACAGUAUCUGGAGGAGGCUCUGAAGUACUGUAACUACCUGUUUACCUGUAUCUUCAUCAUCGAGACCCUGCUGAAACUAGUGGCCUUCGGACUGCACAGGUUCUUUAAAGACAGGUGGAACCAGCUGGACCUGGCCAUAGUGCUGCUGUCCAUCAUGGGCAUCACUCUGGAGGAGCUGAAGAUGAACGCAUCGCUACCCAUCAACCCCACCAUCAUCAGGAUCAUGAGAGUCCUGAGGAUCGCUAGAGUGUUGAAGCUGUUGAAGAUGGCUACAGGGAUGAGAGCUCUUCUGGACACGGUCAUGCAGGCCUUGCCACAGGUGGGGAAUCUGGGUCUGCUCUUCAUGUUGCUGUUCUUCAUCUACGCAGCACUGGGAGUUGAGCUGUUUGGGAAACUGGAGUGUAACGAUAGUAAUCCGUGUGAAGGUCUGAGUCGCCACGCCACCUUUGAGAACUUUGGGAUGGCGUUUCUCACGCUGUUCAGAGUCUCUACUGGGGACAACUGGAACGGCAUCAUGAAGGACACGCUGCGUGAGUGUCGUCCAGAGGAGCGCUCCUGUCUGACCUACCUUCCUCUGAUGUCUCCGGUUUACUUCGUGACCUUCGUCCUCAUGGCCCAGUUCGUGCUGGUCAACGUGGUGGUGGCGGUGCUGAUGAAACACCUGGAGGAGAGCAACAAGGAAGCCAAGGAGGACGCAGAGAUGGACGCAGAGAUCGCGCUGGAGAUGGAGAGAGCUAGACGUCUUAGCUCCGCCGCUAACGCGUCGGCGCUAGGCGGGGCCUACGUGGGGCCACGCCCACGCUCACCUGAUCAGGAGGAGGAGGGUCAGUGCAGCCAGGAGGAGGAGCUUCUGUCCCCAAGGAAGAUGUCCGUAUCCAGGAUGCAUUCUCUCCCUAACGACAGCUACAUGUUUCCUCCUGUACGAUCUGCUAGCGCCCCCUACCCUCUACAGGAACACAGCAGCCCCCUGCACCAACCCUCAGGCUCUGUGACAUCGGUGCACUCCCAGCCAUGCGAAGACCAGGCUGUACUGCCCGGCCUCUCUCACCCUGUUCCCGCUCACAUCGCCCCGCCAAGGCCCUCGCCCAGGGGGCUGCGUAGACAGGUGGCUGUGAAGGUGGACUCGGUGGAGGUUCAGAGUGUUGCCUCAGUAGACAGACAGGACCCCCUCUCAACCCUCCACCUGCUCUCCCCCUCCCGCUCCCCCUCUCCGCCCUUCCUCUCGGAUCCCGCCGACGAGGAGGUGUGGCACAUCACCAGCUCAGCGCGCCAUUGGUGGGACAGACAUGGAAGUGGGCGGUGUCACUCCCUCUCCCCCUACGCCUCCCCCGACUCCCCACCCUCCCUGAGGAGCCGAGGGAGUGCGCUCAGCCUCCUGGGGGCGGGGCUACAAGCUCACGACCCGAGGAAGGGCUUCAGCGUAGACACCCAGGGCUUCCUGGAUAAACCCCGUUGUCCUGACGACCAGCGACGACACUCCAUCGAGAUCUGCCCGUCCCCUCCGGAGGACCCGCUGCUAGGGGAGGUGGACGGGGAAGAGAGGAGGCCCAGGGGUCAGGGGUCAGAGGUUAGAGGUCACAGGAAGAAGAGGAUGAGCCCACCCUGCAUCUCCAUCCACCCCCCGUGUGACCCAGCAGGCCGCGCCCCCUCGGAGCCGCAGGCAGACUGCAACCCGCUGCUGAGACGCAGGACCCCCUCCUAUGACGUCGCCGACGCACACACUCCCACACACAGGCUGACGCCGACACACUCACCGGUACGCACACUCACGCCUACACACACGCCAACACUAACGCCGACACAUCACCACACACUCGUACAGACUCUCCCCCACGCAGUAACACACACCCAGACACACACACACACACACCGCCUGCCCCAUGCACACACUCUUAUCCGUACACAUACUCUACCUCAUUCACACACACACACUCCGUCCCCCACACACACCCUGUCCCUGAACUCCGACACGAGACCUUCCUCUCUCUACAGUGACUACAAGCCCCUCCCACAGUUCACCUUCGACCAACCGGAGCACAGAUACACGAGUGGCAUGUCCGCUGGCCUAUCGAGCAAUGAACCAGCCACAAGUCCCUCGCACUUUAACAGCAGGGCGGGGUUUAGCUCGAUGAACAGGAGAACUGCCCAAUGAGAGACAGAGCCUGGUACUGUAGUAGGAGAGGGAUUCGUCAGAAAGACUAAACCCCAUCCAGAGGGUGUGGCCUGAUCUGGACAGAGACGGGUUGGAUGGAGAGAGAGAGAGAGAACGGGGAGAGCGAGAGGGAGGGAGAGAAGAGGAGAGGGAGAGAGGGGGGAGAGUGAGAGGGAGAGAGAGAGAGACGG